AGGAAUAUCUUUAACUCGGAAUGUCUCUACAUCAGUUUUUACUAGAGCCAAUCACCUGCCAUGCAUGGAACAGAGACCGUACUCAGAUUGCUAUUAGCCCUAAUAAUCAUGAAGUCCACAUCUAUAAGAAGAGCGGGAACCAGUGGGUAAAGGCUCAUGAGCUAAAGGAACACAAUGGACACAUUACAGGUAUUGACUGGGCUCCCAAAAGCGAUCGCAUUGUAACUUGCGGUGCAGACCGUAAUGCCUAUGUCUGGAGUCAGAAAGACGGCGUGUGGAAACCAACCCUUGUGAUCCUGAGAAUUAAUCGUGCAGCCACCUUUGUGAAAUGGUCUCCCUUGGAGAAUAAAUUUGCUGUGGGAAGUGGAGCUCGACUUAUAUCUGUGUGCUACUUUGAAUCUGAAAAUGACUGGUGGGUGAGCAAACACAUUAAAAAGCCCAUUCGUUCCACUGUCCUUAGCCUGGACUGGCACCCCAACAAUGUUUUGCUGGCUGCUGGAUCCUGUGACUUCAAGUGCAG